AGUUAGGGCGGCGUCCUCGAGUGGAGAAAUCCUUGCUUUCCCCGCGGGCGCAAUUCAAGUAAGCAUUUAGGACGCGUGUGGCAGUGAUCCACGCUUCCUCGUCUCCUCUCCUCGCUCCAUCGAUCGAUCGCGCUCUUGGAAGAGGGCGAGGAAUGUGAAAGGGCAAAAUUUCCAUCGCCAACGAUGAUGAUCCAUGUCGCCGAGAGCGGCCAGUCCUUCGAGCUGGAGGACUGCCAGGCGGGGACGAGGGUGGAAGAAAUCCAGGAUGUCUUGGCGUCGCUCACCGGCGUGCUCAGGCAAGACCAGCUCCUCUUCUCCGGCGAUGCCCGCUUGGAUUCACACAGGUCACUGGGAUUCUACCGCCUCCCAGACGACGAGAGGCCGAUCUUCCUCUUCAAUCGCCAGCGACUAGCGCCGAAUUCGCCGCUGCCGCCACAGCAGGGAGCUCCAGAGAAUGUCGUGCCAGUUCUUCCGGAGGCUCCAGCGGCCGAGAGGAGUGGAAGCUCCUCUCCUUUGGUUUCUUCCGAGAGGCAAUUCCGGUAUAACUUCCAGAAGGGUCACGCCAUCUUGAGCGCUAGCCAGAAGAAGCUCGAUGCAUGCCACAAGCUCGCUCGAGAGAUUCGUGUCCAGGACAUGGCGCUAGAGACUGUCCGGCGAAGCAUGGAGCAGCACUACCGCAGCAUCCAGCACGUCUAUGGCGAGUUUGUGGAGGAUUUCCAGCGGCAGAGCCAGCAGCACACGGAGGUUCUGGCAAACUUGGGCAAGGAUAUCGAGAGAUUGCGUGCUUGCAAGCUCCAUCCGGCCCUCAGGACGGAGACACGGUACACUCUCUUGGAUUGCGUCAAGGAAGGGAGCUUGCGCAAGUCGGCCGACGACUGUGGCGUGUAUCACAAGCAGCUCUGCACGAAGGUGGCCGGGCUGGCGUCCGAGUACUCGGGCUUGAAGCGGAGGGUGGAAGACUUUCUCGAGGAGCCAUCCGCGGUGAGCUUGGAGAAUCUGGAGCGGACUCUUGGAUUGCACGCAAGGUUUAUCGAUGAACAGUCGACGAUCCUUCAGUCGUUGAGGAAGGAUGUGACCAAGGUGAAGAGGCUGAGCGAUGACUACUCCGACGGAAGGUAUUCAUCCAUGCAAGUUCAGGACGCACUGUUGGCUCUCGGCCCGAUGCAUGAUGUGCAGGUCAAGAGUCACUUGCCGAGAAUGGAGGACUGCGAUGCCGAGCUCGCAAAGCUUCUCCAGCAGCUGGUCGUGGGGAAGAACGCGAUGACGCUGUGCGUCCACCAGAGGAUGCAGAGCGUGGCGUCGCUCCAGGCCAGUAUAAAGUUGACGAGGAACCAGAUAUCCGGGUUCCGGGAAGUCAUGGCUCGCCAGGACGAGAACUUUGAGAUGCUCAAGCAGUUCCGCAGGGUCGGGAGUUCUUACAAGGCUUGCCUCGCCGAGGUCGUGAGGAGGAAGUCUUAUAUGAAGCUCUACCUCGGGCAGGCCGGGCAACUCGCAGAGAGGAUGGCCGCCAAGAGGGAGAAAGAGGUGGUCCGCAGGGAAGAGUUUCUACAAACGCACACGGCUGCUUUGCCUCGAGAGCUUUUAUCGCAAAUGGGACUGCUUGAGGUUCCCAGUCAGUUCCUCAUCAACCUCGCGUCUUUCGACUCCAACUUACUGGACAUCGACUUGGCGGAUGUGGAGAAGUAUGCUCCUUAUCAGGUAACAGGGUCACUCAAGGCUGAUUCUCCGGCGGACGACUGGGGUGAUCCAGAAGGAAAGGAAGACUUUUGCACUGACGAGAUAUCUGGCACGAGUAAGUUGGAGGUCGAGAAUGCCAGGCUGAGAGCUCAGUUAGCAGCGUCCAUCGCAUUUAUCUGCAGCAUCGACCCCGGCUUUCAGCCAGACAUCCUGGGGGAUGCCGAGGACCAAGAGAUACGUGGGAACUUGAGCUCGGCCGAGAGAACUGCCGAGGCUCUGAGGCUGAAAGACGAGCAUGCCAAACACUUGCACAGAAUCAUAACCGAGAAGGAGGGCCGGUGUAGUUCAUACGAGUCCCGGAUCCGAGAGCUGGAAGACAGGCUGAGGGAGCAAGAGGAACGUGAGAGAACCGACUUGGAUACGAUGGUGUCGAGUGAAGAUCAACGCAGGGAAGAGUCGGAUAACUCGGCUAUCACUGGAGCAGCGGUGGAGCCGAUGGAUGGUGCCACGGGACAGGAAGACAGUAGCGCACAGUCCGAGGAAGCGAAGAACCAGCAUCCAGUCAAGGACGUGUUCUCACAGACGAGGGAGUGGCCGGCGGACGAGCCCGUGCUUUCAGAGGUGGUGAGGCUUCGAGAAGAGCUUGAGACGAGCGCGGAGCUACUCAGGCAGUGUCAGAUGAACUCUGCGCAUCUGGAGAAUAGGCUUCACGAGGCACGGGAGGAGGCGCAAAUCCACCUCUGCGCGGCCGACCGCCGAGCGUCCGAGUACAACGUUCUUCGCGCCUCCAGCGUCAAGCUUCGCGGCUUGCUGGAGAGGCUGAGGAGCUGCAUUGCCUCUCCGGCCGGUGGCCCUGCCGGUUUCAUGGACUCUCUACGCUCCUUGUCCGCUUCACUGCCGAGUGAUGGUGGAGACGAUGUGGGAGCGGAGUUUCGAUCGUUUAUCAGCAUCCUAGCGGACAGGGUGACGUUUCUGGCUCAGCAGCGCGCCGAGCUCGCCGAGCGCGUCAAGCUUGCGGAGAGCUCGCAGAGCCAGCUGAGGAAGGAGGUGGAGAACAAAGCCGAGAUGGCCAAGAGCCUCUUCGCAAAGUGUAAACUUGAGAAACAGGCUAGCAAGGAGAAGAUCUGCCUGACACGAUUCGAGGUCCACGAGCUGGCACUCUUCGCUCCAAACGCGGCUGGUCACUACGAAGCGCUCAACCGGAACUGCCCAAACUAUUUUCUAUCGGAGGAAUCCAUCGCGCUGUUCCACGGCAAGAACGAGCAGCGGCGGAAGUAUAUAGUCGGCCAGAUCGUCCACAUCGAGCACCACACCGUCGCAGCGCCGCCCGGUGCUAGCUCCUCCAGCUUCUCGAUCUUGGAGGGAGGAGCUUCUUCUUCCUCGUCGGUGAUGGGGAGGCAUCGAGCAAACUCGUAUGAGCUGCCCGUGGGAACCGAGUAUUGGGUCGUGACGGUGGCGAUGGUGCCGGGCCUUGAUCUGUAAAUAGCGUUACACUUAGCAAACAUUUAUCUAACACGAUUGGAAUAGAUCAUUCUUCGGAUCAUUCUUCA